AUGCUCCGCUGGGUGCGUGGCUUCGUGCUGCCCACCAGCGGCAAUAUUGAAGACAGAGAGUCCAACUUCCGCUAUGAAAACCUCUUCUGGCAGCUGGACCGCUACGGGACCGGGAAGGUGGACAUUAUCCAGCUGCAGCAGGGCCUCCUAUACAAAAACUUGGGCCAGCCAUUGACACCAACUGCCGACCAACUCAUUCUUUCAUAUGGUGAUCCUGGAAAAAAUGUAAAGCUAGUCUUUGAUGAAUUUAAGAAGUAUCUUAAAAACCGUGGGAAAAAAUUGAAGCUGACAUUUAAAAGUCUGGAAAAAAGUGGCAGUGGAAAAAUUGAACCUUCAGAUAUUGUCCAGGCUUUCAAGAUACUGGGUACAAAUGUCUCUAAACUACAGGCAAAAUACAUUCUUCGAAGUCUAGAUGAGGAGGGGACCAUGUCAGUGGACUGGAAUGAAUGGACGAACUAUUAUUUAUUUAAUACGGUAACAAAUUAUGAAGAAAUGAUCCAGUUUUGGAAACAUUCCACUAUAAUUGACAUAGGGGAGAGUUUAUCUAUUCCAGAUGAAUUCAUUGAAGAUGAUAGAGUCUCUGGCCAGUGGUGGAGACAGGUGUUGGCAGGAAUGAUAGCUGGCGCCAUUUCUCGAACAUGUACAGCUCCAUUAGAACGUCUAAAGAUCAUAAUGCAGGUGACUGAUAAAUCUGAUAAAUUUCCUGUUUUAGGUGGCUUUGAGACUAUGUUGAGGAAAGGAGGCAUCUUUUCCCUUUGGAAGGGAAAUUAUGUGAAUGUUCUUAAAAUUGCACCUGAGACAUCAAUUAAAUACUGGUCAUAUGAAAAGUAUAAAAAAUUGCUUGCUACUGAGAGGACCACUAUGGGAAUUUUGGAUAGGUUUGUUUCUGGAUCUUUGGCUGGAAUCACUGCACAGACCUUGGUCUACCCCUUGGAGGUUUUAAAGACCCGGUUGGCUUUAGAUUCGACUUCAAGAUACACAGGGAUGUCUAAUUGUGUCCAGAAGAUGUUGAGGUAUGAAGGAUUCAAAACCUUUUACAAAGGUUAUGUUCCUAACAUACUGGGCAUCAUACCUUAUGCAGGUAUAGAACUAGCUGUAUUUGAGCUGCUGAAGAAUUUUUGGUUGCAGCAUCAUUCAAGAGACUCUGUAAACCCUGGGAUCAUAGUACUAUUGGCAUGUAGUACCUUGUCUAGUACUUGUGGUCAGUUAGCCAGCUACCCUUUCACUCUGGUGAGAACUCGCAUGCAGGCCGAAGAAACGUUGAGAGGAAUUCCACCAAUGAAGAUGAUCAGUCUUGUUAAAAUAAUAAUUGUCACUGAGGGAAUGAUAGGAUUCUACAAGGGCAUAAUACCAAAUGUUGUGAAGGUGCUUCCUGCAGUCUGCAUAAGCUACAUCAUUUAUGAGAAAACAAAGAGGAGGCUGGGAGUAGCCGAUGUGUGA